CGUGUUCUCCACGAGAGUAUUCCGGGGUGGAAAAUUUCGCCAGAUAAGUUCACAUAUUCCACGGUUGUGUCUGCUCUCGCAGAUGCAGGGCGGGUUGAUGAUGCUGUGGCGCUGGUGCACGAGAUGGUGGUGGAUGGGGCGGUGGCCGCCGAGGCAUUUAAUCCUGUGUUGAGUGCAAUGCUGCGUGCCGGAGAUGUUACAGGGGCGGCCAAGCUGUUUUCUUUUAUGCAGCUGAAGGGCUGCGUGCCGUCGGCAGCGACAUACAAUGUGCUGCUGCAUGGGUUGUUGGUCUGCGGCAGGGCCAGCGCGGCUAUGGGGGUCAUGAGGAGAAUGGAGAGGGAGGAGGUGACACCAAGUGUGAUGACGUAUGGGGCAAUUGUAGAUGGGCUAGUGAGGUGUGGAAGACUGGAGGAUGCAUGGAAGGUGACUGAGGAAAUGGGGAAGAAGGGUCUUGUGCCUAAUGAGUUUGUGUUCUCGCCCGUGAUCACUGGGUUUUGCAAGUCAGGAGAGGUCGAUAGGGCGUCAACAGUGUGGGACACAAUGGUAGCAAGUGGUGUAAGGCCGAACAUUGUUUUGUAUUCGGCGAUGAUUGAUGGCUUUGCCCGGUGUGGGAAGAUGAUUAAGGCCGAACUGUUAUUUGAAGAGAUGGUUGAGGCAAAAUGUAUACCAAAUAUCAUGACUUAUAGCUCGAUGGUUCGGGGAUAUUUCCAAAUUGGAGAUUCAGCACAGGCUCUUUCUAUCUGGGAGGAAAUGUUAAGUGCUGGGUGCACACCAAAUGCUGUUACCUAUAGCAUAUUGAUCAGUGGAUUGUGCAAUGUAGGGAAAUCAAAGGAUGCUAUGAUGGUCUGGAAGCACAUGCUUGGUCGUGGCUGUGCACCCGAUACAAUUGCUUAUACUUCCAUGAUCAAGGGCUUGUGUGCUUCUGGGAUGGUAGAUGGCGGUCUACGACUGUUCUAUGACAUGUUGGCAAGGGGUGAUGUUGAUCCAGAUGUUAUCUGUUAUAAUGUAUUGCUUGAUGGGUUGCUCAGGGCGAAGGACCUUCCUAGGGCAAUGGACUUGCUCAACCAGAUGCUUGACCAUGGUUGUGAUCCAGACACAGUGACCUGCAACACCUUCUUGCGGGAGAUUGAGGUUGGACAGGGUAAAGGGAGGGAGUUCUUAGAGGGCCUAGUGUUGAGGUUAUGCAAUAGAAAAAGGAAUAAGGCAGCUGCGGAGGUCAUGAUGGUGAUGCUGGCUAAGUAUAUUGUGCCAGAGGCUGCCAUUUUGGAGAUGGUGGUGAGAGGUGUUUGCCGGCGGAAGAGGGUUUGGAGAGUGAUUGACAAAUGUUGGGAUGAGAUUUGGAGGUUCUGAGGAUUUUUUUUCUCAAUGAUUUCUUGAUAAUACUAUAGGAGCACACACUUGCUUGAGUUUUUCUGAACUCCAUUUGUUGUACGCUGUAAUAUUGUGGUACUAACCCAUUCAUUCAUAUCAUAUCAAGAUUUUGACACAAUAAAGU